CGGGGCGGGUCCCCUCAGCGCUUCCCGCCUUCCCAACGGCCGCUCCGGGCGCGGCGGGUUUGAAACGGCGCUGAACGGCGGGAGCGGCCGCGACUCUUUUGGUGGAGCUUUUCUCACCCUUCACGGCUUUUUCACCCUCUUCAAGGCUUCUUCACCCUCUUCGAGGCUUCUUCACCCCCCUCACCGCUUCUUCCACCCCUCACAGCCCCGACCGAGCCGGCUCCGGUGAGAGCGGGGCGGGAGACACUCGGGUCGGGACCUGAGUAUGAUAAUAGAGGAGCAUGGCAUCCUCAGACCUGGAAGAUUUGUGCUUUCACAUCAACACGAAGAUUUCAACUAUUAAAAAGACACUUCAGCUAAGGAACAUAGGUCAAGAAGCAUCCCUCAAAUCUACACUCUGUAAAAUAGGAAAUGAAAUGGCUCUUCUGCACGAUCUCCUGAAUCAAAUGGAGGCGGAAAUUCAACAGCAAGAAAAACUGAAUAAUUUGCUAAAAGAGCUGCAGAAGUCUGCUGAGAGAGAGCAAAAUGAAGCACAGCACCUGCGGGAAAACAUCCCUCCCCAUCUGCCCAAACCGACGCAGAGCUGCAUCACUGGGCUGAUUGUGAAACGUGAAGAGCUGACGAAAGUUGUAGAACCUGAACGUGUGAAGAAACCUACAAAAGAGACGAGACCUAUUAAAGAAGUGCCCUUAAUAACUGCAGAAGAAUUUGAAAGCGUUCCUGCGUAUAUGAAAGGCCGCUUGACGUAUGAGCAGAUUAACGCGGUCGUUCAAGACCUUAACAAGGCCGUGCUGGGCAAGUACAAGAUUGUGCAUCAACCUUUGAAAUCAAUGAAUGCAGCAGCCAGAAAUCUCUACCACAGGUUCCUGGAAGAUGAAACCAAGGAUACAAAAGGUGAAUUCUUUAUCGUGGAGGCCGAUAUCAAAGAGUUCACUCAACUCAAAGUGGAUAAACGCUUCCAUAGCAUCCUCAACAUCCUGCGCCACUGCCAGCGAGUGCGAGAAGUUCGUGGCUCCAGGCUCAUCCGUUACGUCAUCUGCUAACGAGCUUUCCGCUUUACCCAAGAUACAGGAGGCCGAAGUGUUUUGAGACACAGAGAUUCUGUGCAAACGUUCCUACCCAGGUGUCUUAUAUUCUAAAAGUGAGGACCACUAAAUGUUUUUUGGCCAUCUCUCCUAAAUUAACAUCAAACAGCCUUGAAGUAUUUUGAGAAAAAAUUGUCUUUUUGGUAAAUUAGACACACAAAGCAAACAGCCAAUUGCUGCACCUGUGCUCACACACGCUUUCAAUCACAUUUUCAAGUCAACACUUGGAAGUUUAAAUCCUCUGCGUGUUAAUAAUGAUCCUUUUGUGUUGCUGAGUUAAAGACUCUGUAGCUCCUCAAAGGAAGCGUUUAAUCAUUAUUAUUUCUUUAAUCCCUCAAAGCAAUUUCCAGAUUUCCUUCAUCUUUUUCUUCUUCUCCUAAUUGUGUGUGUUGGAGUUUCCUGCGUGGCUUGAACAGGAAGAUCUGAGGCGGUUUAAGCAUUUCCAGACGGACGAUCCGUAGUUCUGUUUCCCAUGUGGUUUUCAUUCUUGAGCGUGCAGCCAAGAAAAGUGACUCUUUCUUCCUUAAGUCUGUAUCUGUUAUCCGAACUACUAAUCCAAAAUACCUUCUCUUGUACCCUGUCGCUGUUAAAAUGACGAUAUAACAAGCAAAACACCCUCAAUGAACAUCAAACUUUCUUAAUAAAGAGAUUUUGAGUGCUGUGUAAA